UCCGGCAACUUUUUUCAACUCGCAACUUCAACAUACAACUGCCCCAUGGCCUCCAACGCCCCCAAGCGAAAGUCCUUUGCUCCCGCAAAUGGCGCAUCUGGGGCAGCUCGCAAGCGUGCCAAAAACUUCGACGCCCGCACCUUGGCUGUGCAGUCGACCGACGCCGCCCUCUCCUCAACGGGCGAGCUUGAUGUCGCCGCCUACUCCGCCGCUCGCGCAUUCGAGAUCCAGGCACUGGAGGAGGGAAUACAGCGGUCGAAAAACGCAUUGACAACGCGAGCGUUCCAAAAAGUGCCCCGCAAGUUGCGCCGGCGGACGGCGAGUCACAAUGUGAAGCGUGUUCCGCAGAGGUUGAGAGCUCGGGCGAAGCGAGAGAUGGCAGAGGACAACACGCCUACUGUCACGGCGCGCAGACGGAAACCAUCGCGCUUGAUGCGCAUUCGACUCGAAACCGCUCGCCGCCUUCAAGCUAUUAACGCCAAGACAAAGGCUCGACGUGUGGCUGCAAAGCAGAAGCGAGACGGAGAGAACGGAACGAGCUUGGAAAAAAACGGUAGCCAUAAUUUUGAGAUCGCACCGCGGGUCCCCAAGAUCAAGAAGAACAAGCUUUCUAGACCGACGCCAGCAGAGUCGAAGUACCGCAAGCGCCAGAAAUCCAAGCACUGGCUGCCGACUCACUUAUACCAUGCCAAACGUGCCCAUAUGGCAACGAGCAAAGACCCAAUCUGGCGCUUUGCCAUCCCGUUAUCUCCCACAGAAAAGAGUUACCGCCCUACUCAUAGGGCUCGGGGCGCCAGGGGAGCUGUGGCGUGGGAUAUGAGUUACAUGUCUACAAUUCAGCUGGAGGGCACAGAACCAGCGAUCCAGGCUGUUCUUAUGGCUGUUGGUGUUGACGGGGACAAUGCUUGGGGUACAAAAGGCAAGAAAUGGAGAGCAGGAACUCGAUCUCUGCAGGCCUGGACGUUCGAAAAGAACCAUACUGAGCGUCCAACUGCGCCUGUCACCUUAAUUUGGUGUGCCACUUCCAAAGAAGAAGAUGUUGACAUGGUCGAUGCCGAUAAACCUCACAAAACAACCAAGAAGAAUCACCGAAAAAUCUUCAUUCGGGUCCACCCUUCAGCAUUCCUUCAGCUGUGGACAGAUAUUCUUGAUAUAUCCAAAAAGCAGAAUCCUCCUGUCAUGGUAGAGGAUCUGCGAUUUGAAAUUGGCAGCAUUGAAAUCACUGGACCAGGAUCUGUAGAGGCCUUAUUGGCAGCAUUGAAGCCAAUUCUUGGAGCUGACGGCAAAACUUCAGAUCGCAGCCCGGAAGCUGUCUGGCCAUCACUUGUUGGCGUUUCAAAUCCCUCCUCACUACCACAAAAUGCCCUCCUCUCCUUUGAUAUCUCUGACCCACGCUUGCAUUUCCCUUCACGCACUGUUCAUGUCCCCGAUAACGAGUCUCACAUGACUGACCUUGCUGUUGCGCUCGCCUCAUGGCAUCCGGACAAAACACAAGGUCCGUCCUCUCUAUUUGAUCGAUCGUGUCGUUUGACUGCAUCCCGUCUGCUUCCGAGCCAGAAAGCCAUCAACAGACGCCGCACUGUUGCUGGGCCUGGUAAUUUCCCUCCAGCUCAGCCGAGUGACCCCAAAAUCCCGGUCAUCAUUCUUGCAAACAAGCCGCAAGCUCGGCCUAAGCGCAGCAAUGCCCCAGGAUCAUUCACCGUCCUUUUGCCAUGGAAAUGUGUCGUCCCAGUCUGGUAUUCUAUCAUGUUCUACCCCCUAUCCAGCGGAGGGAACCCCUGUCUCGGUGGCUUGAAGGAGCAACAGCAGCUUGCUUUUGAAGCAGGCGAACCUUGGUUCCCUGGUGACUUCCCGGGGACGCGGGCAGGCUGGGAAUGGGGACAACGGGAUACUGAGAAAUCACUGCGUGAAUGGACGCGUCGUCCCAAGGGCCGUCGUGUCGAAUAUGAUAAUAUCCAACUAGGCGAUGGUCGUUCCAAGGGCGAGAUUGGUCGUGGUUGGGCCUGUGAUUGGGAACGACUUCUCCGAGGGCCUAAGCCAGAUGCUAUUGAUUCCAAGACCGAUAAGGCCGAGGCCGUCUCCAGCGAAAAGUCACUCGAGUCUAAGGAUACGACUACCGAUGAAACUACUAGUCUCGCUGUUCCACCGUUUGACAUUCACAAUGUCCGGUUUGCUCCGGCGGAUACCCAUAUCACUUUAAGCAAGCUCAACAAAACAUCAGUUGAUGCUUCGGCUCUUGCCUCUGUUUAUAUCUCUCUUACUGGUCGCGGCACGCCUAGAUCCCAUGCCCGGAUCUACCGCCUUCCUACUGACCCAGCCCUACGCCAGAAAUGGCUUAGUCUUGCUUCUACCGGCGACAAGGCUACUCAGCCAAAGACCUCGAAACAGGCAACAUCUGAGCCUGCUUCCGAGGAGGGCCGACGUAUUCUUGCUGAGUCACUCAUCGCGGACUCUGCUGCUGGAGAACCGGAUGCUGAGCAUCUGGAUGUCCCUACUGAAGAUGAUUUGAUUGGCUUUGUUACUACGGGUAAUUAUAACCUCUCAGAAGCCAAAGGAACAGGAAUGGGUUGUAUUCAGCUGUCCAAGAUCCUGCAGGCUGAUGUCAAACCUUCCGAGAGGAGAAUAUGUAUAAUUCGGACUGCUGGACAGAAGAGUGGGCGAUUAGCGGUAUGGGAUUUUGUAUGA